UUGAAUUGAAUUGAAUUAAUUUCUUUUUUUCCUCUUCUCUCCUCUCUAGCACUUUUCCACUCGACUGAACCCCACAUCCCCACGUUUUUGUGUGUGAAGUUGCGUGGACAGAAUAACUGAGAUUUCAGACAGGGUUGGGCCAAACAGCAGGUGGUGCAGAAGAGAAGCCCGGAUAUGGGAUUUACACAUUUCUGGCUCUCAGAUAUCUGCAAAGGACAAGCAUGGAGGAGCAACAAAUCCCGAAUUUUAAAAAGUAAGUACUGCUAUUGAUAUCUUUGCUACUUUUUGUGGUUAGGUUAUAGUGCAUUAUGGGUUUUAUGUAAAUUUCAAGUCUUAUAAACAAGGACAAUUUGCAUUAAAAUUAUAGGUAACUAUGUAUGUAUUUGUUCAUUUACAGUUAAUAUGUCUUAUUCACUUUGGUUAAGGAUGGGGUUCAACAGAAUAAGGGUAGGGUCCAGUUGCAUAAUGAGUUGUAUAUUAUGUCAUCAGCUAGCUAUUUAUCUUGCUCCAUUACAUGUCUCAUGUUGCUGUUAGUUCCUUGAAAAUCACUUUUACAUAAUCUCAGGUCUCACUGAUUUUGGUAGAAAUUCAGAUCAAAACAAGCUCAGAUAAGCUGUUUCAAAAAUGAUUUCAAUCUGUUAAAAUAUCCUAUCCUAAUAAUACAAAAUGAUAACAUAGGAUUCGGAUAUCAGAGUAAACAAGAUUUUUGGUGACAAGAUAAUUUCUCUGAAUAAUGUUACAGGAAUAUUUGACUAUAAAUAAAAGUAUUAAUAUAAAACUAUGUGAGCUUUUGGGGGGGUUUUGAACUCUCCCUGAAAAUUAAGAAAGAAAGGUUGUAUGCUACUCAUGCUGUGAUAAUAAUUAUUUAUUUAUUUAUUGGAUGAUUUGAAAACUAUGAUAGAAUUUUUUUGUAGGUAAGAUUUCCAGCUUGUACAUGGAUUUAUCUCAUUUUGCAUGUCUGUGCUGAAUUGCUGCUGUGAAGACUACUGUUAAUAAGAAUGUAUUAAUAUUGCAUAAGGGUUUCCUCUGGAGGAAAUAAAACCCUUAGUUGGCUGUGAAUGUUUGCUAAAGGUCAUGUUUGCCAAACAGAAUACAGUCUUUCCAUCACCAAAGUCAGAUUUUGGGACUAAAAAUCAUCAACCAAGAAAGAAGAUAGUUAGUAACGUAAAAGCUUGCGGUGAAUAUAAAACAUAGAUUUUGUGUUAUAUGCAUUCAAACCUGAGUGUGAUGUGUGUCGACUGGAGCCAUCAAACAAAGGGAUAACACAGAGGUUUAUUAAAUGGUAAUGAGUAAUAUGUUUUCAUCUCGCCAAUUAAUAGUCAUCAAGUCUGGACAAACCGUUUCGAGUGAGCUGGGAUGGACUGAGGAUUCUUUGGAGGAUUUCAAUGCAUCUGUUUAAGUCUGAAGCUCAAAUGUUAAUGUGCUAACUUAGUUGUCUGCCAUCCAUUUUAGACCCCUUUUAAACUUUUCUCUCCAAAGUGGACCUGCAUCAUUUUCAUACUUGAUCUUAAGAUUUUGAAGUUUUUUUUUUUUAAACAAGUACAAUACCUUGUAGUUAUUCUUAUUUAAAUGCACACAAGAUUGCUGCUUUUUUUUAAAUCUGUGCACCUAAUUGUCUUUCAUGUUCAGAUUUUUUCCCCCUUCUCUCCUCUCCACAGCUCAGGUGUCACAGCAAUAGCGUCUCUGGCCAUGGCUUGCUGAAUAAAGAUGCACAUGGAUUUGGACAGACAAAUCAGAUGACUCACAAGAGGAGAAAGAAGUCCACCCUGUGAUCUCAGGACCACUGUUUGUGAUUAUGUGAGUCAUCAGGUUACAAAGACCAAAGAGGGUUUUAAGACAUGGAGGCACUUCAGUUUUGUGUUAGGAAUCUAUUGGUAAAUGAACCUUGAUGUCAACAUGAGGUCAAAGAAACGGUUUGUUCCACUCACUUGCAUAGAUGAUUCACCCUUUAAAGAGACAUCACUGGGAACUAGCUGGGUCUAAUGAUGUAGCAGCUACAGGUGACUUAAAUGUGGCCUAUGAUUCAAGACAGUCCAACCACAGUCAGUAUGGAAGUGCAGACAACGUCUCUGGUCUGGAUAUAUGUUAACGGUACAGAACAACUGAACACUUCAGAUGAGUACAACACAACGGAUUUGAUUGAAAACUCAGACAAAUACCAAUCUUACAUCAUUGGUCUCUUCCUGUCCUGUCUGUACACCAUCCUCCUCUUUCCUAUUGGAUUUAUUGGUAACAUCUUAAUCCUGGUGGUGAACCUGAACCACAGAGAGAAGAUGACCAUUCCCGACCUUUACUUUGUUAACCUGGCUGUAGCUGACCUCAUCCUGGUGGCAGAUUCCCUCAUUGAGGUCUUUAAUCUGAAUGAGAAGUAUUAUGACUACGCUGUCCUCUGCACCUUCAUGUCCCUUUUCCUGCAGGUCAACAUGUACAGCAGCAUCUUCUUUCUCACAUGGAUGAGUAUUGACCGAUACAUUGCCUUGGCUAGCUCCAUAAGCAGCAGCCCGUUGAGGACUAUGCAGCAUGCCAAGCUCAGCUGUGGCCUCAUCUGGAUGGCUUCCAUCCUGGCCACCCUUCUACCCUUCACCAUUGUGCAGACCCAGCACAGGGGUGAGGUGCACUUCUGCUUCGCCAAUGUCUUUGAGAUUCAGUGGCUGGAAGUUACCAUUGGCUUUCUGGUGCCUUUCUCUAUCAUUGGUCUAUGCUACUCUCUGAUUGGGCGAAUCCUUAUGAGGGCCCAGAAGCACCGCGGAUUGUGGCCACGGCGGCAGAAGGCCCUGCUCAUGAUUGUGGUGGUGGUUCUGGUGUUCUUUAUCUGCUGGCUGCCAGAGAACGUCUUCAUCAGCAUCCAACUGCUGCAGGGCACAGCUGACCCGUCACAGAGGACUGCUACCACCCUGUGGCAUGACUACCCACUCACAGGCCACAUUGUUAACCUGGCAGCUUUCUCCAACAGCUGCCUCAACCCUAUUAUCUACAGCUUUCUAGGAGAAACCUUCAGGGACAAGCUGCGUCUCUUCAUUAAGCAGAAGGCUAGCUGGUCAGUAGUGAACCGCUUCUGCCACCAUGGCCUCGAUUUACACCUGCCUGUCAGGAGGGAAGUGUCCGUGGUGUGACUGUUAAGAAGAGGGACAAUUGUUAUGAAUCUGAGUCCACAGAAUAUGCUAAAAAUUCUUCACCCAGUGUGAAAUAUGACCUCAGCUUUCUUUAUCUGUUAUUUAGCUUUGCCUCGUAGUUGUACAAGUGUCUCAGUUAACCUGCUCACUUUCUGAACAAAAGCAUAAAAGCACCAAGGAUGUACACUCAAAGGAUGACAAUGACUUAAUAAGUGCAUCCCUUUAAUUAAGUAGAUAACAAUGCACAUACAGUACUUAAAGCUAUAAUCAUGUUUAUCUGCAUGUUGGAUUGUUUGCUUUAAGUCUAUUUGGUGUGUUCUUUCUUCAAAAAGUUAGUUGGAUGGCAAGGCAAUCAACAGGAAACGAAAUGUGAGAAACAAAAUGUCAGCUUCUGCCCUUGAAGUAUACAGCCAGUGGGCAAAGGUAACUAAUGAAUAGAUGAGUGCCAGAGGAGACCAGCCAUUGUGGAAUGAGACGUUUAAUGUUAUGUGAUCUAUAAUGCAAAUCUUCCAGAACAUGUUCUGGGUAUGUGGGAUAACCUGUAGAAAUAGGCUGCAUUACAGCAUGCAUAGAGGACAUAAUGCAUCAUGUUACAUCUAAUCAGGCUAUCUAUUUCAUCUGCAAAGAAUGGGUCAUUUCGGUUAAAAACCUACUGUACUUUCAACUGUAUUAUGUAAAAAGGAAAACAUGCAUUUAUCAAGAAACUACCACAUACCUACCAUCCACAUCAACACCACCAUGAUAACCUAUGACAAAAUGACUGCUGUCAUCUGUCAAGUAGAAAUGCAACAUAAAACAAGGCAAUAACUGUCCAGGACAUCACAAUUAGGGGGUGAAAUCAAAGACACAACAUGUAGCAGUGACUGUCCCUGUUGAUAUUACUGUACCACUUGUUUUGUGCAUUCCAGCUAACAUUUCUUUUACUACUGUUGAAAGAAAAUGGUCUUACGUAUAGCUAAACAUUAAUUGCACAAUUGCAGAAAAAAAUUCACAAAAUGUGUUUUAUUUUUUAAAAAUAAAGAAAAUGUCCCACUUUUCUUGGAAUAUAAAGCAGAAGUUGUUGAGAAAUGUGUUUCGAAAAGACCCAACAACAUUUAACAUAAACCUAGCUCGUUUUGUACACGUUGUGGAAUAAAUAAGGGCUAACAUAGCUACACCCUUCAUUUCUUAUUUGGUAUACUGGACGUUUUGAUCACAGUCAUGCUAUCAGGUUAAUUAAUGACACGAUUUUUGUAGGAUAAUCUCCAAAAUAAUAAGUAAUGCCUAAACUCUACCUAUAUAUUGUGGUUAAUGCAGGAUUUAUGGAGUAAUCAUUUCAAAGAUGGCUGAGUUAUUACCUCACUUGUCAGCUCCUGUUAGCAUGAUGGUAAAGCAA